GUAAAUCAUCAUGGCUCCAGCUGCUAAGCCACAGGUUAGUGAAGUUUCUCUGGAGUUAAAUUUUCGAGCAGCGAUGGAGUAAUCCGGAGCUCGGGUGAUUUAAUUGAGAAGGAGUAGCUUCCCCGCUCAUUCUGUCACGGGCUUCGGGUGCUCAAUGUCAAGAAAAAUGCUGAGAACAUCAACUCCCGACUCUCCAUGGUCAUGAAGACUGGACAAUACGUCCUCGGAUACAAGCAGACUCUCAAAUCCCUUCUCAACGGAAAGGCUAAGCUUGUCAUCAUUGCCAACAACACUCCACCACUCAGAAAGUCCGAGAUUGAGUACUACGCCAUGCUCGCCAAAACUGGAGUUCACCACUACAACGGAAACAACAUUGAGCUCGGAACCGCCUGUGGACGUCUCUUCCGUGUGUGCACCCUUGCAGUCACUGAUGCCGGAGACUCCGACAUCAUCCUCAGCGUUCCAUCUGAGAGCGCAUAAGCUGUUUGUUAUUGUUACAAUAAAUUGUUGAAAACAGUUU